CUAACGGGUGGCAACGCGUUUCAAAAACAAAAAAAAAACAAAAUUUGUCUCUUGCAGGCGAGAAGAAUAGUAUUACAAGACCAAACAGAAAUCAUAAGCCACUAGAACCGCAAGAGAGAUAGAGCAAUGGCGCAACCACAAAAACCGGCCUACGAAAACAAAAAUGUAUAUGCAACACUGCCGCGCACUGGACGUGGUCAACCCAUUGUUUUGGGCGCGGAUCCCAAGGGCAAGAAUUUCCUCUAUGCCAACGGAAAUUCGGUGAUAAUCCGGAAUAUUGAGAAUCCAGCGAUUGCCGAUGUCUACACGGAACACUCGUGUGCAGUGAAUGUGGCCAAGUAUUCACCCAGCGGCUUUUACAUUGCAUCCGGCGAUGCCUCUGGCAAGAUUCGCAUUUGGGAUACAGUAAACAAGGAGCAUUUGCUGAAGAAUGAGUUCCAGCCAAUUGGUGGACCCAUUAAGGACAUUAGCUGGUCACCAGAUAAUCAGCGAAUUGUUGUCGUCGGCGAGGGUCGAGAACGUUUUGGCCAUGUCUUUAUGUCCGAAACGGGCACAUCGGUGGGUGAAAUUAGUGGCCAAUCAAAGCCCAUUAAUUCGGCGGACUUCCGGCCAGCCAGACCGUUCCGCAUUGUGACUGGCAGUGAGGACAACACCAUUGGCGUCUUUGAGGGACCGCCGUUCAAGUUCAAAAUGACCAAACAGGAGCACUCGCGCUAUGUGCAAGCCGUGCGUUAUUCACCCGAUGGAAAAUACUUUGCCUCAGCUGGCUUUGACGGCAAGGUGUUUCUGUAUGAUGGCACCAGUUCCGAUCUGGUGGGUGAAUUCGGUUCUCCAGCGCACAAGGGAGGCGUCUAUGCGGUCGCAUGGAAACCAGAUAGCACUCAGCUCUUAACCUGCUCGGGUGACAAGACCUGCCGCCUUUGGCAGGUGGAAUCACGAGAGCUGAUUACCGAGUUUGUUAUGGGCACCAGCUUGGACGAUCAGCAGGUGUCGUGCCUGUGGCAAGGAGAGCAUCUAAUUACCGUCUCGCUAUCCGGCGUGAUUACCUACUUAAAUGUGGAGGAUCCCAGCAAACCAUUGCGUGUGGUCAAGGGACACAACAAGCCCAUUACGGUUCUGGCUUUGAGCGACGAUCGCAGCACUAUCUACACCGGCAGCCACGACGGCGUUGUGACCAACUGGAAUUCCGGAAAUGGUGUCAAUGACCGCAUCACUGGCACUGGCCAUGGCAACCAGAUAAACGGCAUUGCCGCCUGGGAUGAGUUCGUCUACACGUGCGGCAUUGACGACAGUCUGCGCCAAUUCAGUGUCGAGGGCAACAACUACACGGAUUACGUUGUCAAGCUCAAUUGCCAGCCACGUGGUCUGGCCAUUGUGCGCAAUGAGAACAUCAUUGCUUUGGCCUGCAUUAAGGAACUCACAUUGGUGCAGGACCAGAAGAAAGUGUUCUCGUUGCCCAUUAAAUACGAGGCCAGCUCCAUUGCUACCAAUUCGGAUACUUUGGAUGUCGCUGUUGGCGGUGAUGAUCAGAAGCUGCGCAUUUAUUCGCUCCAAGGCAACACUCUGGAGCUGAAGAUGGAACUGGAUCAUUUGGGCGCUGUCACCGAUGUCGCAUAUUCCCCAGAUCAAAAGUAUUUGGUUGCCUGCGAUGCACAUCGCAAGGUGGUGCUCUACUCAGUGGAGGAAUACAAGCCGGCUCACAACAAGGAAUGGGGCUUCCAUAAUGCGCGUGUCAACACUGUGGCCUGGUCUCCCAAUUCGCUGUUGGUUGCCAGCGGAUCUCUAGAUACCACCAUUAUUAUAUGGUCUGUGACCAAUCCAGCCAAGCACACCAUCAUCAAGAAUGCCCAUCCACAGUCGCAAAUUACACGCCUCGUGUGGCUGGAUAAUAAUACUGUGAUCUCCACUGGUCAGGAUUGCAAUACCAAAGUGUGGCACGUGGAAACUAUUUAAAGCCAAAUGAGAAAGUAACAUCGCAAGCCAGCGCCUAUUUUUAUACUUAAUCAGAUAGAAAAGAUAGAGAGAGACGGAUACAUAUAUACAGAUACAGAUUGAGAUCCAGAUACCCACAGAUCCGGUUAAAUCCCACAUAUAUAACUGUCAUGCUGCUAUUAUCGAUCGAUUCAGCAUCAGCAUCAUUUCAUUUUUAAGUGCAAAAGUUUAUUUACAUUUAGCUAUUUAUAAUACGCACUCAUAAUAUCCUUUUAGUUUAAGCUCAAAAGUGUUUUGCUAAUCAUAUCAUGGAUAAAGCUAUUCUUUUUU